AUGUCUGCGGAACAGAGUGUUGAUGAGAUUGGCCUGGGCCAAACGAGCGGCUGUGGCAUGGGGUUCAACGCCUUUAUUAAACAAGAUACCUUGGGCUGA